UAGUCUAUACGGAUUGACACGAGGCAGCACGGACAGCAUUAUCUUGGAGCUUUUGUAACUUUAGUAUAUGAUCUUUGUUAAACUUACAUGAUUGAGCUCUAAAAACACUAAAUCAACAUCAUUUGUUUCAUUCCGAAUAUCAAAAUACAAAAAUAUAAUCUUGCUCUCUGUGCGAAACUUGGCAUUGUGGGAUAGAAAGACGACAAAAUGGCGGGCGGUUAUAUGGCCCAAAUGUUGGAUGAGUUAAUGGGUAGAAACAGGAACCUAGACCCAAGUGAAUCCAAAGCAGACUUCUCCUGGGAUAGCCCUGAGGUUUGUAAGCAUUUUUUGUGCGGUUUUUGCCCCUGUGAACUUUUUAUCAACACAAGAGCAGAUUUAGGUCAAUGUAACAAGAUUCAUGACGAGGACUUAAAAAGACAGUACAGUGAAAGCCCAAAAUUUCAAAAGAUGGGGUUUGAGGAAGACUUUGAAAGAUAUUUGAAUACUUUGGUAGCAGAUGUUGAAAGACGUAUCAGAAGAGGACAUCAAAGAUUAUCACUUAACAACAAUGCAGGCACACCAGGCAACCCGAACCCUAUAGCAAAGGAUGAAAAGAUAAAAAUGCUGACAGAAAGAAUAAAUGAUUUAGUGGAACAGGCAGAAAAUCUUGGUUGUGAGGGCAAGGUGGAAGAAGCUCAAGGUGUGCUCAAGCUCUGUGAGCAGUUGAGAGAAGAAAGAACUCAGCUUGAGACUAGCCUGAAAAUUGCUGCAGAGAAUGAGAAGCAGAUGGAAGUAUGUGAUGUGUGUGGAGCUCUUCUAAUAGUUGGCGAUGUACCGCAAAGAGUGGAUGAACAUCUGAUAGGCAAACAACAUGCUGGUUAUGCCAGAAUACGUGCCUAUCUUGAAGAGAAAAAGGACAAGAGGAAAAAGGUUGAAAUUGAAAGAGAAGAGCGACUGCGCAAGGAAAGAGAAGAGCGUGAGAAAGAAAGGGAAAAGGAACGUGAGGAGAGGCGGCGUAAAGAAAAGGAGAGAGAGGAUAGUCGAAGGAGAAGAAGCAGAAGCAGAGAUAGAGAAAGGAGAAGAAGUAGAAGUAGAGAAAGAAGGAGAAGGUCUAGAAGUCGAGAUCGCCAUUCAAGGUCAAGAAGAUCACGUUCACGUGAAAGACGUAGGUCCUCAUCUAGAAGCAGAAGUAAAAGGUCACGCAGCAGAAGCAGAGGACAUAAAAGUAGCAGACACAGGUCAAGGAGCAGAGAGCGUGAAAGGUCCAGGAGAGGCAGUAGAGAACGGUCAAGAGAACGUGACAGAAGAUCUAAGGAAAACGUUGAUGAACCAAAACCAGAUACAGCUGUUGAAGAAAAGGAAAACGGCAUCGAUGAAAAAUCUUCAACUGCAGAAGAAAUUAAGGAAGAGGUAGACCUGAAGGAAAGCAUUGAAGUGGGAAGUGGGGAUAAGACUGAUGUCAAUGAGGAUAGCACUGAGCCCCUCAGCAGCAAAAUCCCACCGCAAUCAGCACCAGAGAGCAUAGAAAACAGUGACACUUUGGAUUCACUAGGCUCUGAAGGUGAAAGUGAAAGCAGAACCUGAACUACUAGGUUUUCUUAUUGAUUCAAGGUAAGUGUUCAGUUUGUUCUCCAUUCAUCAGCACAGCUGAGUUGGUUGAUUUGAUUCCAAUGAUCAACAGGUGAGUGGGGUAUAUGUUCAGUGGAACUGCAGACAAUAGUAGUAGUAGUGCUGGAAGCUUGCCUGUAUGUGACAUUACUGGGUCAUUACAUUUGAUUGCUUAUGUUGGUUUCAAAGAAAAUGGGGGGACUUAAUCAUUAUACCUUGACAAUUACCCCCUCCCAUCCCCCAACCACCCCUCCACCCAGAAAAAAUGUUAAGGUACAUAGCAGCUUCCGAAUGAUGUAACAUUUCAGCCUGUUUUUAUGGAAAUUACACACAAAACUAAAAUGUUACUGAGGAAGAUAUGGUGUCUUCCAGUACUGCUGGGAUGAUGUGGCUUAAGGAUGGGGUCACCAUGGAAAUAUAAGGCUAUAUUUAUUAUCUUUGCCACCAUGUAUUGUCAUUUAAAAUUUUAUUAUUGAGGGUGGGAGACCGCAUGGAAGUAACUUGUGGCCGUUAUAUUUUUAUAACAUGUAUGGAGUAAAUUAAUGUUGGGGACAAUAUCACUUGCUCAUUUGUGCCUUCAUCAUGCUUUGACUUGAUUUGUUGUAACUUGACCGGUGACCAUGGAAACAGUGGUCUCCUGCUGAAGAAGGGGCUCUGCGCAGGGAGAACUUAUAUAACAUCAGCCAAGGUCACUAUGAUUGAUCAGAUUCUUAUAACAUCGGGAUGAUGCAGGUAUGAUGUAAUAAAGGCCAUAAUACAUAUCAUGUAGUGUGUUGUAUAGGGGGUUUGUUCUACAUAUUUUGUUCACUGCAUUCAUGAAAUAGAAUGUAUCAUGCAUGUACUGUAUGUAGUGAUACAUUUGUUGAUGUUGGAAUUAGCCAUUUACAGUACAUUGUAUUUACACUGGAUCUCUAGCAUUCUACAGCAUUUGUUCCAGAGGAAAGUUGAAGAUCUGGUGGUAUUUGACAAUGCAGCACCAAACGCAGAGGUAACAGUGCUGUUUCAUUUCAGUGUAGCUUUAAUCUUUUGUUUAUCUCUCAGCAGAACCUGGUGUUGGGCAGCUUUUUGUAAUUAUUACUCACCAUACAAAGUAAGCUUGUUCUUACCACAGCUGACUGGAGGAGGAUGCUAGAGGUAUGGAAAGAAUGUGACUUGUUUUCAGGCAUAUCUUGAAGCAGAGGGGUCCCAGACACCGUGAGGUUAGUGAACAGUAUAUAUUUAAGAAGUAUGUGAAUUUAUCACCUGUUAUCUGUAUAUGGUUAAAUAGUCCUGCCAGUCCAUGGACAUCCCACACAAGAUGGAGGAUUGAAGAGGACAUUCCCAUUAAAGGUGCCAAUUUAUUCAUUUAUGUUUUUACAUAUGGUAAAGUUGCAUGUUUGGUAUUUUGUGUGUCCUUGUGUAUUUUAGAUAUAACCGUUGUUCUACGCCAGCCUCAGACUCUGCAUCGACACUACUGGAAACAAAGAAACCAUAGCACAAGAUCAGCAGGUAUUUAUAUCUUGGACCCCUGUGUACUGCCUUCAGCCUAAUCGAUGAAAAAAAAAAA